UCGAUAAGUACGGGAACGGCAAACAAAAACUUUGACAAGAGAGGAGAGAGCGAGUACUGCUGUGGUACAGAGACACACGGCUCCGCGAAAAAUGGCGUCUCCUCGACCGAAAUCGCCCCGAAUUCCUACGAAAGAAGAGAGUUUCUGGGAUAAAAUCGGAACUCUCGGACGGAAGAAACGUAUCAAGGAAGUGCAAGAUGUGCAGGAAGAGGGCAAGUACGCAAUUGACUCACCCGGAUACGGUGCCAAUCCUGAUAUGCCACCGGAAGAAUACAGCCUUGAUGAAAACGAGGAGCGUUCCAUGAUAGAACCGAAGUCUUUGGAAGAUCCCAAGCUGCAGGAACUGAUAUUCGUGCUGAUCGAAUGGAUCAACGACGAACUAGCCAAUCAACGGAUCAUUGUGAAAGACAUUGUGGAGGAUCUUUACGACGGACAAGUGCUGCAAAAACUUUUAGAAAAACUAACUGGAGAAAAACUGGACGUGCCCGAGGUAACUCAGUCCGAGGAGGGUCAGAAGCAGAAGCUCGCUGUCGUCUUGUCCACUGCCAAUCGUGUACUGGGCCGAUAUCCACCUUACAAGUGGAGCGUCGAGUCUAUACAUACGAAAAAUAUCGUCGCGAUUGUGCAUCUACUGGUCGGCCUGGCCAGGCUCUUUCGCGCUCCCGUCAGAUUACCGGAGAGAGUCGCCGUGCAAGUGGUCGUGGUGCGCAAAAAGGACGGCCAGCUAAUACACAGGACAGUGAGAGAGGAAUUGACAACAACGUACGACGAUUUGGGUAUGCGUUGCGAACGCGACGCGUUCGACACGCUCUUCGAUCACGCACCUGAUAAACUGGCCGUCGUGAAAAAAUCUCUGGUGACAUUCGUAAACAAGCAUUUGAGCAAAGUACAUUUAGAAGUGACCGAUUUGAAUACUCAGUUCCACGACGGUGUCUUUCUGACUCUGUUGCUCGGUCUGUUGGAGGGUUUCUUCGUUCCGUUGGGUAGCUUCCACUUGACGCCAAAGACCAUUGAUCAGAAGGUUCACAAUGUUACGUUCGCAUUUGACAUUAUGCGCGACAUCGGGCUACCAAAACCCAAAGCUCGUCCUGAAGAUAUCGUGAAUUUGGAUCUGAAAUCGACGCUUCGCGUGUUGUACAAUCUGUUUACAAAAUAUAAGGGUAUAAACUAAUUAACUAUUUAUGUCAAGUUGCUUCAUAACUAUAUAUAUAUAUAUAUAGUAUAUACAUAAAGAUACGUCACAUCAUUACAGAUCAUUAAUUAUUCUGUUAACUGUGACGCAACUUUAUCAUUGAACUGCCAUUCUUUCUGAAGAAAAUUACAAGAUGUGUUUACUUUGUUUUUGUUUAAGCUGUUAUUUAUGCGCUUUUCAUCUUGGAUAAAUGAAAGCGCAAAAAGGCACAGCUACACAAAUAAAACAAACUACACACAUCGCGAGCUUUACGUGCAAUGUGCCUUUUGAAAAUAAUGUAUAAUAUAUAUAUAUAAUUUACACAUACAUGUGUAUGAUAAGUAGUAUUUUACUUAUACACACAAUUGUUUAUAAUUUAUAUAUAAAUCAUAUAAAUAUAUAAUUAUAGUUUUAUACACAAAUCAUAUAAUUUAAUUCUGACUAUACUGACAAUUUUGUAUAAAAACUCUGAAUGCUUUUAUUAAUAAAUAUUCCAACUACAUUGUC